AUGGUAGAAACUUCCGAACAAUUCAACAUAAAAAUCCUUACAUUCGAUCUGCAGCUCUUUAUAGUUAAUUAUAAUAUGGCAACAAUAUUUUUUAAAAUCUAAUUAUUAUUAUAAUAAUUUUUCAGCGAAUCAAACCAAUUAAGUUUAAAGUUAGCAACAGCAAGCUAGCAAUCCUUUUUAUAUAUAGGAUGUUUGCAAAAAGGCUUGUAUUUAGUUAGGAGACCCUUAUGCAGUGUAUAUUUUAAACUAGGCAAGAGGCAAGGUAUUUUUUGUUCUAUAAUUCUUAUUACCUUAUAAGGCUUAACCUGGGCUGGCUUUAAAACCUGCAAAUAUUUAGCUGUCUCGCCAAGAUGGGCUUCUAAUUAUAAACUCUAAACAGAAAAGAGAUCUCAAAAUAAGGAAAUAAAUAAUCAGCUCUUAGAAGCCUCUGUUUUUCCGAAUACCCUAAUCUCAGAUUUAAAAGACAAAAUAUGUGCCCAAUCUCAGAUCCCAAUCGACAGACAAAGACUCCUUUACAAAGGUAAAUUGCUUAAAAACCGCCAAUCACUCCUAGAUCUUAAUGUAAAUAGAGACAGUAUAUUAUUCCUCGUCGCCAACCUUUUCCCAGAAGUCCGGACAGUUGAAGACGAUCUAAUUAAUAAUCAAUUCGCUGACAUCGCUCUUUCCUCUUUAGAGAACACCCAAACCAUUCAUAUAUCUCGAGGUGGAAGAAAUAGAAGAAGAGAAGUCACCAGAGCCGAAAAAAUUGAAUCAAUUCAGCAAAGCCUCACAACGAUAAAUAGCCUAAUUCAAUGCAUGAAUAAAAAUUAUAAUGAAAAUCAAGCAUUCGAUAUAAACAAAAGAAAAUUUAUUAUAGGGCAGUGGGUAGACGUAAAAGACACAGCUGACAAUUGGCUUGAAGCCCAAGUUAUAGAUACAGCUGAUACUGAAGAAGAUGGCGAGCAGGUGCUUAUACAUUAUAAUGGAUGGGACGAAAGAUGGGACGAGUGGAUUAAUAUUUCGUCGCCAAGGAUUCAGCCGUUAAGAACACAAACUUUUCAGUCACUAAACAGUCCAACUCAGUCUCCCUUUUUGCAAUAUCCAGCUGAUUCUCCAGGACUAAGAUUUUCUUCUAGUUUAAAAGACUUGCUGCCUCAGACGCUAAAAUCAAUUGAUUUUAUUCAAAAUUUGAUGGACGAUUUCUAUACAUUGAGUAUAAUUCUAAAGCAUGAACAAGCUAGCGAAAGAAUAGGCCCGCUUCAAAAUAGGAUUCACGUAAUGCAUUUAGAAGAAGAAAAAGAGUGAGAAUCUGAGCCUGUUUCAGAAGCAACACUUGGGUCUGAAGAAGAGGAUUAUUUAAGCUGUGAAAUGGAUGAAAGAUAUUCAGAAAGGAUAAUGCUUGAAAAUCAUUCGUUUGGGAAUCAUUUUGAAAAAAUAGAAUGCAAUGAGCAGAGAUUUGGACUACUUACGAUGCAGAUUUCACCGCUUAUGGAUAGGAUUGGGAGAGUUUUGGCAGACACUGCAGCUAUGAUUGAUAGAGGGAAUAGGCAAAAUAAUCAGGAUAUAGAUCAAGAAAGAGAAAAUACUGGAACUGAGUCUUCAAGCUUAAGUCCUAUGCCUUCUCAAGCGGAGCUUUUUUCAAGAGAGCCUGGAGUUGAUAUACAUAUCCACGCUAUAUUUUUAGCAGGAUCAAAUGAUCGAUAUCCUUCUGAAUAA